AUGGCAGGGUUAUCACUAGGCUGUGGAAGGACACGGGAGCCACCGCAGCAGCAGCAGCAGCAGCAGCAGCAAGCAGCAGCAGCAGCAGCAGCAGCAGCUGGACCUGCAGGGAGCAGCAGCUUUCUGGCAACGCUGCAGCAGAGGGCCCACGAGCUCUCCAGUCUAGUGUCUUUGGGUGCUGCUGAGCAUCACGAGCUGCUGCUGUUGCUGCAGCAGCAGCAGCAGCAGUGUGAGCUUCGGCUUCAGCAGCAGCAGCAGCAGACGGAGGCGCUGCAGCAGCAGCAGCGCUCGUGCUUUGCUCUGCAGCAGCAGCGGCUGGAGCGUGCAUACACCGCACUGCAGCAGGACUUCGAGGCCAACUACAGAAUGUUUGCUGCAGCAGCAGAGCAGCAGCAGCAGCAGCAGCAGCAGCUGGAAGCAGCACUGAGGGAGGCGCGGCAGCAGCUGCAGCAGCAGACUGAUGAGGCAGAGGCGCUGCGCCGCAGCAACUCGCAGCUGCAGCAGCAGGCCGCAUGCUUGGAGCAGCAGCAGCAGCAGCAGCAGCAGCAGCACCGUCAAGAAGUUGAGGAAGUGCGCCAGAAACUGCAGCAGCAGCAAAUGCUUCUGCUGCAGCAGCAGCAGCAGCAAACUGAACUGCGGCAGCUCUUGGAGCGCGAGGCCACGAUGAAGAAGGGGGCGCUGAGGCGGCUGCAGCAAGCAGCAGCAGCAGCAGCAGAGCAGCAGCAGCAGCACGAGCAAGCCCUAGAAAGCAUGAAGCAGCGAUGUCUGGAGGAGACAGAGCGGUUUGCAGCAGAUGCUGCUGCAGCACGUCAGCAGCAGCAGCUGCUGCAGCAGCAGCUGCAGCAGCAGCUCGAAGCAGCACAAUGUCAGUCAGAAAGGCCUACUGUAGCAGCAGAUGCAGCAGAUGCUGCAUGCAGCGAAUGUAGAAGGGUACAGGAGGAUAUGCAGCAGCAGCAGCAGCAACUGCAGCAGCAACUGCAGCAGCAGCAGCUGCUGCUGCAGGAGGAGACUGCAGCACGGAGACAGGCGGAGGCCAGCCUCGAGUGUCGCCAGGAAGCGCUGCAGCAGCAGCAAGUUUUGCUGCUGCAGCAGCAGCUCCUGAUACAGCAGCUGGAGCAGCAGAUGCAAUCAGAACGGCCGCAACAGGCGAGCAGCAACAGCAGCAGCAGCAGCAGCAGCAGCAGCAGCAGCAAUGCUGCUGCUGCUGCCCCCCUUGAUGCUGCACCUGUUGCUGCCGACGCUGUCCAACAGCAAGACGAGAAGCACGACAGCCAGCAGCAGCAGCAGCAGCAGCAGCAACUGCAGCAGCAGCAGCAGGAAACCAGCCGUAUCCUGCUGCUGCUGCUUCAGCAGCUCGAAGCUGACUCGGGAGAGCAGCAGCAGCAGCAGCAACAGCAGCAGCUGCAGCAGCAAAAUAUAUUAUCAUUGGCGCGUUUGCUAGACCAAAGGGUACGGUAUGUACUGCAGCAGCGGGGAGAGGAGCAGCAGCGGCUGCAGCAGCAGCAGCAGCUGCUGCAGCAGCAGGCGCGCCAGCUCGAGCAGCAGCAGCUGCUGCAUGCUUCUCAGCUAGCUACGCAACGUGCAGAGCAUGAACAGGCACUCCUCCGUCUGCAGCACGAUAAACACCAGCAGCUCGAGGCGCUAUCAAGACAGCUCCGCAGCAAAGUAGGGACAGCACUAGCUGCAGCAGCAGCACCAAGUGUUGCUGCUGCUGAGACAGCUCCGCAGCAAACAGGAUGCAUGCGACGCAGCCGUUCGCUCCAUCACCCACACCGCAGCAGCAACCGCAGCAGCAGCAGCAGCAGCAACGGCAGCAGCAACAGCAGCAGCAGCACUAGGGAUUUUACGGGGCCGCAUCGGUCCCGCCGAAACUGGAAGAAACGACAGCAGCAACAGCAGCAGCAGCAGCAGCAGCAACAGCAGCAGCAGCAGCAGCAGCAGCAGCAGCAGCAGCAGGCAACUGAGCUUGAUAGAUACAGGAGAGCCUUCAGUGCUAUGCGGCAGCACGCAGAGGCGAUGCAGCAGCAGCACCAGCUGCUGCUGCAGCGCAAGACGGACUCUAUGGCUCAGCUGCAGCAGCAACUGCAGCAGCUGGAGGAGCAGCAACAGAAGCAGCAGCAGCAGCAGCAGCAGGCAUUGCAGAAAGCUGAACAAGACGCAAAGCCUGUAAUCAGGGGUCGCAGCAGCAACCGCAGCAGCAGCAGCAGCAGCAACGGCAGCAGCAACAGCAGCAGCAGCACUAGGGACUUUAGGGGGCCGCAUCGGUCCCGCCGAAACUGGAAGAAACGACAGCAGCAACAGCAGCAGCAGCAGCAGCAGCAGCAGCAACAGCAGCAGCAGCAGCAGCAGCAGCAGGCAACUGAGCUUGAUAGAUACAGGAGAGCAUGCAGCAGCUGGAGGAGCAGCAACAGAAGCAGCAGCAGCAGCAGCAGCAGGCAUUGCAGAAAGCUGAAGAAGACGCAAAGGGGUAGCAGCAGCAGCAGCAGCAGCAGCAGCAGCAACAGCAGCAGCAGCAGCAGCAGCAAGCAGCAGCAACAGCAGCAGCAGCAGCAACAGCAGCAGCAGCAGCAACAGCAGCAGCAGCAGCAGCAGGAAGAAAGAACUCUGCUGCUGGAUGUAUCUAACCGGCUGCACUUUGCUUCGCUGCGGCGCAAACCCCCCUCUCCUCUCCCGGGUGUACAGACAGCUCCUGUAUCCUCCCAGCAGCCGCAGCAGCAGCAGCAGCAGCAGCAGCAUAUGGUGAAGGAGCUGCAGGAGCCAGUGGUGCUGGAGACAGCUCCUGUAUCCUCCCAGCAGCAGCAGCUGCUGCAGCAGCAGCAGCAGCAGCAUACGGUGAAGGAGCUGCAGGAGCCAGUGGUGCUGGAGGUGCAGGGGAUGAAUGCAGCAGCAACAACAGCAGCAGCAGCAGCAGCAGCAGCAGCAGCAGCAGCAGCAGCAACAGCAGCACAAGGCGUGAAGCGGCUUGCUGAUACAUCUGCUCAAGAGUCGAUUGCAACGACACGGCGCCAGCAGGCAACAGGAGGCCGAGGAAAGCAGCAGCAGCAGCAGCAGCAGCAGCAGCGGCAGCAGCAGUACCAACAGCAACAGCAACAACAACAACAGGAACAGAAACAGCAGCAACCGCAGCAGCAGCAGCAGCAGCAGCAGCAGCAGCAGCAGCGGCUUUUGAGGCGCGGCAGCUGCAGCAGUUUAACAGACAAACCUCUGCGCUGGAUACUGGAGAGAAGAGCGAGAAGGAGACAGAGAGACAGCGCAAGUAAAGGAGACAAAGAUAGAGCAGUGAAAGGAGACAGAGAAAGAGACAGCAUAAUGAAGGAGACAGACGGAGACACAACAGCAGAGGAGACAGCAGAGGAGACAGCAGAGGGGACAGCAAAGGAGACAAUAGAGGAGACAGUAGAGGAGACAGUAGAGGAGACAGUGGAUGAGACAGUAGGGGAGACAGCAGAGGAGACAAAAAAGGAGACAGUAGAGGAGACAGCAAAGGAGACAGUAGAGGAGACAGUAGAGGAGACAAAAAAGGAGACAGUAGAGGAGGAGACAAAAAAAGGAGACAGUAGAGGAGACAGUAAAGGAGACAGUAGAGGAGGAGACAAAAAAAGGAGAAAGCGAGAGAGGAGGAGACAGCAAAGGAGACAGUAG